GUGUUGAAUCAGACGGGUGUUUCAGUGAACGGGACUGGACUGUGCUUCUCGCUGUUCAUUUUGCCAUUCUCUCUCUGUACCUCUCUCUCUCUCUCUGUCUCUGUACCCCUCUCUCUCUUUCUCUCUGUUCUAUUUCUCUCCCUUGCUUUUUCUGUGGUUCCAAGUUAAACUUGCUGUCAUUAAUGCCAGGAACGUCAUCGUCAUCAUCAUCAUCGUCACCAACAUUCUUCUAACAAUAAGUUCAGAAAACAAAGGUGCUUUGAGCGUGUAAUCGGUUGAGCUUGUGCAUCCAUCUAUCGGUCAGCCCACAGUCUGCUUCCACUGCUCUGUGCAUGGGCAAAGACCACAUUAUGGACUCUUUUGGGAUAGAGAUAAUUUUUCUGAUACUUUUUGGCCAAUGGACAAAUUGUGCAUGUGCUGUUACAUACUGGACAUAUACUGGUUCUGUAGGCCAGUCCCAGUGGUCAGAAUACUUCCCUGAUUGUGGGGGGACCAGGCAAUCUCCCAUCGACGUGAAGACCAGCCACGCCCGGCACGACCCGUCCCUGCCCCCCGCGAGGCCCCUAGGCUACAGGCAGCUGGGGGAGGAGCCCUUCACCCUCACUAACAACGGGCACACAGUGGAGGUGUCAUUGCCCGGGUGGAUGGGGCUGGGGGGGCUGCCCUGGCAGUAUACUGCAGUGCAGCUCCACCUUCACUGGGGCAGCCGCGGCGGUAUAGGAGGGGGCAGCGAGCACACCAUCGACGGACACAGCACCGCAGCUGAGCUCCAUGUGGUCCAUUAUAACUCCGAGCUCUACAGCAACGUGUCCACAGCCAUGAGACAGAGGGAUGGACUGGCUGUACUAGGAGUGCUCAUUGAGACAGGUGAAGAUACAAACCCUGCCUUCGAGAACAUCAUCAAUUACCUGGAGAAUAUCAAGCAUGCAGGACAGAGAGCGCCCAUCCCGGCCUUUGAUGUCCAGUCGCUGCUCCCGCUCAAUCUGGGACGUUACUUUCGGUACAAUGGCUCCCUGACGACGCCGCCGUGCUUCCAGAGCGUGCUGUGGACCGUCUUCGCCGACAGAGUCGCGGUGUCUCACGUGCAGCUGAGGAAGCUGGAGACGGCACUGUUCUCUGGUCCCGCUGAAGAGUCAGAUUCUCUCCCACUUCAGGACAACUACCGCCAUCCACAGCCCCUGAACCGCCGGCUGGUCCUGGCCUCUUUCCCCCCAGAUACAGUCACAACUUACUCUGUUGGAGAGGUGUGUGCCAUUGUGAUCGGAACACUGUGCGGAUGCGUAGGUCUCGCAGCAAUCAUACACUUUGUUAUAAAGACCAUACGCUCCACCUCUAGUUGGGACGUCCUGCCCAGCGUGAGACCGCCAUCUUUGCCCAGAUCUAAAGAAACUGCAAAGGAGCCAAAACAGGAUGUGGUUUUCAAAACGACCUCUGACCCCGAAAAGGAAGAGGCCGCCCCUCAGCCUGACCCCUGACCCCGCACUGAUCCCCAUGGGCCGCAGUAUCUGCUGUCUGAUUGCGUGCAUGGACUCUCUGCAUCUCUGCAUGAUCAGAUCUCUAUUCAUUUAUCUCUGUCAUUGAAUCACUGCUGUAUUACCUUUUCAAAGUCGAACCCAUUCUCCCGCUCCCCUUCGCCUGUUUACUCAUUUGACUCUGUUUGCCCUGUCAGGCAUGCACUGCUUGUAAGUACAAAGGGUAGGAGUAGUGUGCGUGUGUGUGUGUGCGCGCAUGCGCGUGUGUGUGCAUGUGUCUCUGUCUGAGCUCAAUUGUAUAUAUUAUAUAUUUACAUCACAAUAAACAAGUUCUUUGACUUCA